CAGAUAGACUCACACUCAAGAGCAGGCGCACCUACCCGGAGGUCUGAGAGAACUGCUCCAGCCCCAAGCGUGACAUCAGACAGGGAGACACGUGAACUUCACAGCUCUGGCACCGACAGUGCGGGCACACCUGCCGGGGAACUUCACCUGGGCACACUGUGCCUCCACGCCUCCUGGCUUUAACUCUGCGAACGGACUCGACCGGCUCUGCGCUUGCACACCAUACCGGCUAAAGGAGACUUACGAGGAGGAUACCUUUGUCCUACGAUAGAGCAGCCGUAAAAAUCGUUUCUGGGAAAUCCGGCUCUUGGCGGUAACCCGAUUUGUUCGAGGCCCGGUUUUGCUGAACAUGCUGCCCUGGGUUGUGGUGUGGUCAGCGUGGGUGCUGUUUGCGGAGGCACAGGGGCAGGAUGCUAACGCUAAUGCUAACGCUAACGGUAACCCCUGGAGACAGAUGAUCCAGUGGGAGAAUAACGGCCGGAGGUUCAGCUUGCUCAACAGCGGUGCUGAGUACGUCCCCGCCAGAGCCCAGGAUCAGGACAGGAGCCACCGCGUGCUGCUGGCUGACACGCCUCCCCGCGCGAACCGCAGGCCCCAGGGCGGGAACGUGCGGAGGCAGGCUCCCCCCAGGAGCAGCUCCGAAACCGUGAGAGGCCAGACCAGGCACCCCUUCGGAUUCGGGCAGGUCCCAGACAACUGGCGGCAAGGUGUAGCGAGCACGGGAGACGCCGGCAGCCGCCUGCCGUCUUCUCCCACCCGUUACAGACCGUCGACUGGCUCUUCGUCAUCGUCAUCUUCUUCUUCCUCUUCGUAUAUCCCUCAGCCUCCUUUCAGCGGACCAUCCUACGCACAGUUCCCCUUUCCCCAGCAGCCAUCCUACCCCGUACCCUUCGAUCCUAACGUUGGAGAAGGCCCGGGACCCGGCCUGGGGUACGAGCCUCCCUUCCAGAGGGGGACGGGAUAUUCGGGCGGCACUGGCAGAGGGUAUGGUGCAGGUGGAGGGUAUGGUGCAGGUGGAGGAGGAGGGUAUGGUGGAGGCGGAGGGUAUGGUGGAGGAGGGGGGUACACUGGCGGUGGGUAUGGUGGGGGCGGCUACACAGGAGGUGGGUAUAACGGAGGUGGGUACGCUGGUGGAGGAUUAGGGCCAGUGUUACCACGGUCACCGCCGGACUAUGGCGAUGACAGUUACCGUUACUACCAACCGUACGGCCAGCCUUACGUGCCAGCCCAGCCUGCCCAGCCUGCCCAGCCUGCGCAGCCUGCGCAGCCGGCCCAGCCGGCCCAGCCGGCCCAAACCCAGCCUGACGGCCUGGACCGCAGGUACACACACAGCCUGUACAACGAGGACACCUCAGGGCCUCUCCCAGACCCCAACCCGCCGGCCGUGGCCAAUCCCGCGGCCGCUCCCGUGGACAGGAUGGGGCCGGCGGUGCAGACGCCGGUGCGGAGCCCCCAGUACGAGCAGUUUCCCCCCUUCAGGAGAGUACAGGCACAGCCACAGGCACAGCCACAGCCACAACCGCCCUUCCUGCCCGUUCAGCCUGGCAGGAGCCCCCAGUCCCCCAACACGGCGACGGAGAACCAACACGUCAGCGUGGGGAGCGUGUACCGGCCAGAGCAAAGAGGCUUGCCUGACCUGGUUCCUGACCCAAACUACGUCCAGGCCUCCACGUACGUCCAGAGGGCCCAUCUCUACUCCCUUCGCUGUGCCGCUGAAGAAAAAUGUCUGGCCAGCACGGCCUACGGAUCUGAGGUAACAGAUUACGACAUAAGGGUCCUUCUGCGUUUCCCACAAAGAGUUAAAAACCACGGGACAGCCGACUUCCUGCCAAACCGCCCACGUCAUACCUGGGAGUGGCACAGCUGCCAUCAACACUACCACAGUAUGGAUGAAUUCAGCCAUUAUGACCUCCUGGAAAUCAGUACAGGGAGGAAGGUGGCGGAGGGCCACAAAGCCAGCUUCUGUUUGGAGGAUACCACCUGCGACUUUGGGCACCUAAAACGCUAUGCCUGCACAUCACACACUCAGGGUCUGAGUCCAGGUUGCUAUGAUACAUACAAUGCUGACAUUGAUUGCCAGUGGAUUGACAUCACAGACGUUCAGCCAGGAAACUACAUACUAAAGCUCAAAGUGAACCCCAAGUACACAGUGCUGGAGUCAGACUUCACCAACAACGUGGUCAGGUGUAAUAUCCAUUACACAGGUCGCUUUGUCACAACCACAAACUGCAAGAUCGUCCAGUCCUGAUGGGACACCCGGGUCUGAUACCUGGGAAUGGCUGUCUAGGGGAGCUGUUCUUCCAUUGGAAUGUACACGGGAUUCUUUAUUUUUCUUUUGUUACAAAUUCACGAUCCCACUGAGAGCCAGUAUUCUGCCAGCACUGGUGACAAUAUGGGAUAUUUACACAAGCACAAGACUUAUUGCAGAACAUAGGAGAUCCAAGAAUCUGAGACAACCCUUACCCCCCAUCCCUCCGCCCCACCUUUUCAUUUUCCCCUGUUCCUUAAAGUGGGGAGGCCCCCAACAGGUGUCCCGGAGAUUUCGACAGAGGAGCGUAACUGGGCCCUGUGACCUUCCGCUCUGGAGCUGCCCCUGUUUGGCAUUAAAUAAGGUGUGACAGGGAGCGGGGCUGAGAUUUCAGGUCCCCCAUGAGUAAAGGUUCACCUACAGUCCAACACAUAAAAUCUGCAAGUAUUCCACUGGCAUUCAUCGACAUUCUUGGAAUGAAGAACGCUGAUGACCAAUGACUGCAACGGACCAUUCUAGACUUUUUUUUUUUGGCUGUCGUUUUCAUACAGCUAGCUUAUUUGCGUCUUUGUGCCAUGUAGCAUGGUGCAAACACUAAACGGUCCAAUCUUAUUGGUACAGCGUCCAAUAUUGCAAUUGUUUUAUGAAAAAAGGCAAACAAAUGCUUUAGCCUUGUUCUACUGUAAGAGGAAUAUUUGCAUCUUUCCCUCUUGUUUGACCCAUAAUCAACUGAGCAGUCAAGGUUACUGUAUAUGAGUGACUAAGCAUUUUAGAGGUUUGACAUAAAUACUAUUACAAUGCAUUUAAGAUGGAUUUUAUUCUAUGUAUUUGAGAUAUCAACACUGGUCAGAUGUCGAGUUGGUGAUCUUAAUAAUGUAACAUUGUAGAUAAUUUCCACACUGAUGCAUACUUUUAUUUAAAAAAUGCAUUUGUUUUGUCUUGGUUAAGUUUCUUCUCUUUGUAAUGAAAAACGGUCUAUUAUACUGUCUGAAUCGUUGCUGUAUUUGUGAAAUACUAUACGUAUUUUAUCACAGAUCCAAUGAAUACUUAAAUAUGUUAAACAAGAGUAUGUGCAGCAGAUGGUUAUUGUAGAACUACUGCCACAAAUCAUGAAAAUGUCAGUUAGCCUCAUGCAAGCACGGUUGCCCUGCUGAAAAAAACAGCUCAAGCUAAGUUUUGAAAACAGCUGACUAGUUCAGACCAGCUCUUAACUUGACAUGGUUUAGCUGGUUUGCCAGUUCAGACCAGCUCCCAGCUUGACAUGGUUUGACCAGCUCACGCUAUGUUUUGAAAAACUGAUAGCCAGUUGACCAGCUACCAGCACAGACAAGCUAUCAGCACUAGCUGGUUGACCAGCUCAUACCCAGCUAGACCAUCUUAUGACCAGCUUGGUCAUGUUGGUUGACCAGCUCAUACCCAGCUAGACAAGCUCAUGACCAGCUUGACCAGCUUGAAAAUUGAGCUGGUCAAGCUGGUAUAGCUGGAUUUUACAGCACUGUGGUAAUUCCACAAAACUACAAAAUACUGUCUCUACCUACCUCUAAAAUGUAGCUAUUAUUCCAGAUUAAUGUAAACCCUAGGAAAGCGUUUGGUCGGAUGCACAGCGCAUUUCUAAGUGAGGGUUAGAGUUUGGUGUAUCCGACUACACACUUUGCUUUCGGUUCUUAUCCGAACACUGUUUCUGCUGAACUUCAAGGCUCAAAUGAGAUAAGUGCUUUGAGAUCUGUUGAACACAAAAGGUAAAUUACUUAUGAGGUGAAUUAAUGCAGACUAGACCUUGUUAUUGUUUCCAGUUUUAUAUACCAUAUAACACAUUAGCUAGUUUAGUAUUGUACAUUGACUGUGCCAUCCUUGCACAUGGCUUCUUUACAAUUGGGUGAUUCACCAGGCUGCCUAACACAACUGUUAAAAUGUCAUUUGUCUUUGUCUUUGAAAUCCCUUUAUGUCUUGAAUCCUUGUCUGAAGUGGCAUACUUUCAAAUAAAAAGGACAUAAUUACAUUUAAAA